AUGUCGAUAACAAUCGAGAAGAUACUCGCUGCUUCUCCCGUGACAGCUCGAGGGCAGCCGACGCAGCUAUCGACUGAUGCCAAAGGGGAAAGGAUAGCUUAUGCUUCCGGGAAAUCAAUAUUUGUUCGAUCUAUCGACGACCCUUCUACUAGUAAACAAUACACUGGUCACACGGCCCAAACGACCGUUGCCAAGUUUUCGCCAAGUGGAUUCUACAUUGCCAGCGGCGAUGUAUCGGGCUCGGUUCGAGUAUGGGACUCGAUAGAGGCUGUGAAUACCAAAGGCGAAUAUCAUAUUAUCUCGGGUCGCAUCAAUGAUAUAGCGUGGGAUGGCGAUUCGCAGCGUAUCAUUGCGGUCGGCGACGGGCGUGAGCGGUUCGGACACUGCAUCACUGCGGACAGUGGUAACAGCGUAGGCGAGGUAUCCGGUCAUUCUAAAGUCAUCAACUCGGUUGCCGUAAGGCAGAUGAGGCCCCUCAGAGCCGCUACCGCGAGUGACGACAUGGCUAUGUGUUUCUUGCACGGUGCCCCGUUCAAGUUUAACUCAAAGUCAACUGGUCUUCAUAAAGGAUUCGUAUUGGGCACGGCCUUCUCACCAGACGGGAACACCCUUGUUACGGUGGGUGCAGAUAAGCGAAUUCAACUGUACGAUGGGAAAACUGGAGAACCUAUAAAGUCCAUUGGCGAAAACGAACAUACGGGAAGCAUCUUUGCAGUUAGCUGGUCAAAAGAUUCGAAGAGUUUCGUCACAGCCAGCGCCGAUCAGACGGUCAAAUUAUGGGAUGUGGAGGCCGGUCAAGUCACACAAACGUGGAAAUUCGGAGGAGAUGGUGUCAAUAUUUCAGACCAACAGGUCGGUGUGGUAUGGCCACAUGGUCGUAGCGAUGGCUUGAUUAUCAGCCUCAGCCUUGGCGGAGAUCUAAACUAUCUGGUAGAAGGUAACCCGAAACCGAUCAAAGUUAUUCAGGGACAUAACAAGAGCAUCACAGCCCUGGGAGUUGGCUCGGAUGGCAAAGGUCAAACACUAUGGACUGGAAGCUUCGAUGGUCGGGUCUGCAGCUGGGAUCUCGGCUCUGGAGCCGCCACCGUUGUCGACGGACAGACUCACACAAAUCAGGUAACAGAAUUCACAUCUAGUACUGGGCGAGCAUACAGUGUCGGGUGGGACGAUACUCUGCGCAUAGUCGAUGAGUCCGCCAACACCUUUGCCGGCGAGUCGUUAAAACUGUCUGCACAGCCCAAGGGAGUUGCUUCUGCGGAUGGACGAGUGUACGUGGCAACCAUCGCCGGCGUCGAGAUCUAUGUCAAGGAUCAACUUGCAGACAAGCUAGAAAUCUCCGAAGCGCAGCCAACAGCCAUCGCCGCCCAGGGAUCACUGGUAGCAGUAGGCCUAAGCAAUAACGCGGUGCGUCUAUAUAAGGCGGACUCAGGCAACAAACUUACGCAAUCACAUGAGGUGAAAAACUCAACAGCGCAAAUUUCGACUCUAGCCUUUUCGAAGGACGGCUCGUUGCUUGCCGCGGGCAACACGGCAGGCAAGAUAUACGCAUAUCGCACGUCCGGACUGGAGUUGGCGACGGAUCGGUGGUCGGCGCACACGGGUCGUGUAACAAGCAUCGCAUGGAAUGAGGCGGGCACGCACGCGGCCAGCGGCGCGCUGGAUACUAAUGUGUUCGUAUGGAGCCUCGCGAAGCCCGGAUCACGCGUCAAGGCGCUGAACGCGCACAAGGACGGCGUUAAUGGCGUCGCUUGGGUGCAUGGCGGGACGAAGGUCGCAAGUACGGGCGAGAUGCGGCGAUUAAGAUUGGAAUGUUAG